AUGAUUUCAAACAACAAAACUUCAGAUUGUAAUGAAAUGAAUUCUGCAUUUGAGGGAGCAAAACGUGCAAGGUAUGAAGAUAUCAAUGUAGGGUUUCAGAAGUUCAAAGGCGUUGUGCCUCAACAAAAUGGGAAUUGGGGUUCACAAAUAUAUGCAAACCAUCAGAGAAUAUGGUUGGGGACUUUCAAAUCUGAAAGAGAGGCUGCCAUGGCUUAUGACAGCGCUACCAUCAAGCUUAGAAGUGGAGAAAGCCACAGAAACUUUCCAUGGAAUGAUCAAACAGUUCAUGAGCCUCAAUUUCAAAGCCAUUAUAGUGCAGAAGCAGUGCUGAGAAUGAUUAGAGAUGGCACCUAUCCAUCCAAAUUUGCUACAUUUCUUAUGACUCAAAGACAUGGCGAAGAAGGUGUUGAAACCAGUGCAAAGCAUAUAAGGGUGAAGGGUGAGGAACAAUUCUCUUGCACCCAACUUUUUCAAAAAGAAUUAACACCGAGUGAUGUGGGCAAACUCAACAGGCUUGUUAUCCCCAAAAAGCAUGCAGUUACCUAUUUUCCUUACGUUUGUGGCAAUGCAGAAGUGAAUGAUGAAAUGGAUGGUGGGUGUGUUGACAUGGAGGUUGUCUUUUAUGACAAGCUCAUGCGAUCAUGGAAAUUUCGAUACUGUUAUUGGAAGAGUAGCCAAAGUUACGUUUUCACAAGAGGGUGGAAUCGGUUUGUGAAGGAUAAGAAAUUGAAGGCUAAAGACAUCAUUGCAUUUUAUGUGUGUGAACCUAUAAAUUGGAGGAAAGGGGGAGAGGAACAAGUAUUUUCAUUGAUCGAUGUAAUCUAUAACGCAGAUGAGAGAAGGCAAUGUUUUAGAGAGAUUGUAGAUACCAAACAAAUUUUGGGAAAUAAGUCAACAAGCAGUGAAGUAGAAGAUGAAGAUGAAGGCCAACAGACCAAGGAUACACAGGAUUUGAAUGCACAAAAGGGUUUGAGGCUCUUUGGUGUAUGUAUCAACUAA